UUCUAAAACAAUGUUGAAGUCUGUCAACAAAAAUAUUUUGAAAUUUGUGCUCAAGUUACUGCAAAUUUUCAAGUUCUGCUGAUCGUAUUAAUGCAGAAAAUUUAAUAAAUCGACAAAUCGCCAUUUCAAAUUUACCGCUAGAGGACAUAUUUCUUGUCGACUGAGUACGAAGAUCUAGUUCGUUGGUAAUCGUAAUUCAGUGUGGCGGGCGCGGCCAUAUUGGGAAUUCGUGAGACAAGAUCUGAAUUGUGAGUGUAGUGUGGUGAAAAUUAAUCCGAAAGCAUCGGAAAAUGUCUGAAAGAGAGGAUAACGUUUACAAGGCUAAAUUAGCCGAACAGGCUGAGAGAUACGAUGAGAUGGUAGAGGCUAUGAAGAAGGUCGCCAAAUUGGACCUUGAGUUGACGGUGGAGGAACGUAAUCUUUUGUCUGUCGCAUAUAAGAAUGUAAUUGGAGCACGGCGAGCUUCUUGGAGAAUCAUCUCAUCGAUCGAGCAGAAAGAGGAGUCUAAAGGAGCCGAUGACAAAUUGGAAAUGAUUAGGCAAUAUCGACAACAGGUCGAAAAAGAAUUAAGAGAUAUUUGCUCAGAUAUUCUUAACGUGCUGGAUAAACAUUUGAUCCCCGCAGCUUCAACUGGAGAAAGUAAAGUGUUUUAUUACAAAAUGAAGGGAGAUUAUCAUAGAUACUUAGCAGAAUUUGCCACAGGCACAGACCGCAAAGAUGCCGCAGAACAUUCAUUAGUAGCUUACAAAAGUGCAAGUGACAUCGCAACCACAGAAUUACCUCCAACACAUCCGAUCAGGCUGGGUUUAGCUCUAAACUUCAGCGUCUUCUAUUACGAAAUUCUCAACAGUCCUGAUAGGGCGUGCAGGCUUGCCAAGGCGGCCUUUGAUGAUGCCAUCGCCGAGUUGGAUACUCUCAGUGAAGAGAGUUACAAGGACAGCACACUUAUUAUGCAGCUGCUCAGGGAUAACCUAACAUUGUGGACUAGUGAUAUGCAAGGGGAUGGAGAAGGUGAAGCAGAAACCAAAGAGCAGCUGCAAGACGUAGAGGACCAGGAUGUGUCAUAAUCUUAAGGCACUUUCCAGGACCCUUUGUGGGGGCACCACUAAAUACCGAACUAUCAAGUGCUGUGUUGUAGUAGUGCGGGGCGCGGGUCUGUAUUUAGUUCACGUCAACACAAUACUACAAAUGCAAGCGCGGGCCUAGCAUGUCAAAUUUAACUUGCAGGAAACGUCGUUUUAGUAUUUUUGAUUUACUGUGAAAAACAUUAAUUUUUUAGAAGCACAUCAUCAUCAUCAUAAACAUACUGUCAUAGUUUUUAUAGCUUUUUUAGAUGUUAGUAGGCCACCAGAACAUGCUUAAUACAGACCAUUUUCAGUCAAUUUGUUUGUUCAGCGGCGUUGAAGUAAAUUUGUAACGUUAAAUUUGGAGUAUAACAAGCCCGCGCCCAAACUUGCAAGGGGCUCACGUGAGCUCUGGUACAUAAUGUAUUAUUAUUAAUAUUAUAGUAAUUAGCAGUAUGUUUUAGUCUUUUUAAUAACUGGUGGGCCUAUAGCCCGACGUCAUCAGAGGAACAUGUCUUAAAAAAAUGUUUUACAAAAAUCUGGUAUUUUAACGUCAUUUUAGAUAACAAUUUCUUUUAUUCGAGACACUUAUUAGAUAAGAUAAUGAUACCACUCGAGGCAGGUAUCAUUAUCUUAUCUAAAAGUAUUAUAACUUUUUGGAUCUGGUCGAACGAUUCGUCGUUUUAAAACCAAUAUAAUCAAACAUGGCAAAUAUAAUUUAGUUCUGCUCUAGGCUCAAUCCUCUUAACGUAAAGUAUGCUCUGGAUUGAAUGGAAUCUCAUGACUGCUGAUGGAAAACUGCCGCACAGCCCAUACAUGGGACAGUUUGAAUGGAUGAAUGUUAACUAUUUUAGAACAUCAUAGAAAUCUCUCGCUUGGAAUAUAUUUUUUAGAAAUUUUAUUUUUUAGCUUCGUUAAAACAUGUAUCGAAUGUCGGCGAAAAUUUUAAUGAACAAAAAAAAUAGGUUGAAAUAGUUUAGCUGACACAUUUUCGAAAUUUAAUGACUGCAUAAUGGGAACUUCAUUUUCAUGGAUACAAGACAUCAUUUUCAUCACUUCACGAGGCUAGAUUGUAUAUCAAUAUUUUUCUUUCUGCGUAAUUUAAUUCUUACAUUUUUCUAUUAAUACUACGAAGUAAAAUAUGACACUCAUUACCUACGUGUUAAUAAUAACAUACCUAGGAGAUAAAACUUUAAGCGUUUGUAUAUUGGCGUUUAAUGCCUCGUUUGACUGUUUUAUUGCUUGUAUUUCUGUCAGUAUUUUUUGACGAUUGAGAAUGGUGAAACUACAUCACAUGCAUUUGUUCAUACAUAAGAUCGCAUUCCGUGUUGGCAUUUUUUGGUUGUGUUUCAAUCUUAAUGUCCAAAAUUAAUUAUGAAAGCACUGAAAUUUCAUGAUACGCUGCUUAAUGCGCUGAUAAUAAGUUUAACCCAUAUUCUGUCGUUCAGAGGGUUUUUUAAUUAAAGGCCCAAUUUUAAGCAUCACUUUCAACAGCAUUCUCAUCUAUGCUUUAAAUGUUAAGCAAUUGAUGCAUAUGUUUACGUUCAGCAUACUUUAAAAUGAGUACUUAAAUUUUCAACCCGUUUUCAUUCAUAACGUAAUAUUGGAAUACUGGUUCAUACUGGCUGGUAAUUUAUUUUUGCAUUAUUUUGAUGUGUGUUUGGAUGUAACAUGCUGUGUAGAUUGAUUAAAGAAAUUGAUGUAUUAUUAAAAAAUAUAUUUAAAUCUUUGA